CUGAGCCACCUGACCAUUGCCGUUGUGGGCGCCACCGGAGCCGUGGGCGCCGAGUUCCUGAAAAUAGUCGAGCAGCGACAUCCGCAGUUGCAUAGCCUGAAGCUGCUGGCAUCCAGCCGUUCCGCUGGAACCAGACUGACGGUCAAUGGCAAGGAGUUCACUGUGGAGGAGACCACCGAGGACUCCUUCAAGGGCGUGGACAUUGCCUUCAUAUCGGCCAGCACCGAGGCCAGCCGGCACUGGGCGCCCAUUGCCGUGGCCGCCGGCGCGGUGGUCAUUGAUGAUAGCUCAGCCUUCCGGAUGCAGGAUGACGUGCCCCUGGUGGUUCCGGAAGUUAACGGGGCCGACGUUACCUGGCACCCGGGGAUAAUCGCCAUUCCCAACUGUUCCACCACGCCCCUGGUGAUGGUGGCCCACCCCAUCCACCGGGUUAACCCGAUCAAGCGUAUCAUCGCCGACACCUACCAGUCGGUGUCCGGCGCCGGAGGAGCAGCAGUACAGGAGUUGCGGGAGCAGUCGGAAGCCCUCCUGAAGGGUCAGUCGGUGACGCCGCGGCACCAGCCCAAGCAGAUUGGUUUUAACGUCAUACCUCAGAUCGACAGCUUCCUCGACAACGGUUACACCCGGGAAGAGCAGAAGAUGAUCGACGAGAGCCGCAAGAUAAUGCACGCACCGGACAUCCGCGUGUCGGCCACCUGUGUGCGGGUGCCGGUGAUGGUAUCCCAUAGCGCGGGAGUCCACCUUGAGCUUGAGCGGGCAAUGGAUAUUGGCGAAAUACGCGCCCUUCUGAUGGACAUGCCUGGCGUGACGGUGCUGGACAAUACGGAAGGCGGAGACUACCCGAUACCCUGGGACGUGGCUGGUGAGGACGACGUUUUUGUUGGACGAAUCAGGAAGGACGCUUCCAAUCUUAGCGGCAUUGCUCUGUGGAUAGUGUCAGACAAUUUACGGAAGGGCGCUGCCCUCAACUCCAUCCAGAUAGCCGAGGAACUGGUGGACCGGGAGUGUUUGAAGGCAGGCUCAUCCCCCAGGCCGAAGUUUAGAACCGGUGAGCUCGAGAGCCUUGAAACGGCCGAGUUUCGGAGAGACAUGGACUUCUUCCGCGCGAAUGUUGAUGAGCUUUUGCCCGACUAUCGUGGCAGGGUGCACAGCAAGUAUGGGGACCGGCCAGUCGUCAUCUCUGAAGUACCCCCCAAGCCGCGCAUUAACCGGCAUCCCGGAUUCCAUAGAGUACCGAAAAUGCCAGGCGAGAGAGCGGAUUACUCGGCGGUGCCAGGUUACGUACCUGGAUAUUUGAAGCUAGAGGAGCUUGAUCCAGAAUUUACCAGAGGUGUCAUUGGGCAAGGGUCAUACGAGCGAGUCUUCAGAGCAUACAUAUCCAUCGAGAAUUACCCGCCGCAUGAGAUAAACGCAAGCAGUUUCGAUAUGCCCUACGCCAUCCUGGGCCGCGACGUCCUCAACCAGUACCACAUUACGCUGGACGGCCCCAACCAAAAGUUGACCAUAACCAGGUUGCCGAUGACUUCUGCACGCACCGAUGGCCACUACUCCAUUGAGUUGCCCCUUUCCUGUCCCCUGCUAAUCAAUGGAGAGGAGGGACCGGCCACCGGCGGCGGAGAGUUCCAGCGGGAGAAUCCGGCCAACGCCCAACAGGUGGCCACUGUAGCCGCCCAGGGAACCCUGGAGGAUGCCCGUGCCGGUAUUGAUGCGGCCCGCCGCGCCUUCGACGGCAAUGCUGGCAACUGGCUGAACAAUUACAAGCUGCGGGAGCAGGUCCUGUUCCGCACCGCCCAGUUGAUGCGGGAAAAUGCCGAUCGCCUGGCCCAGGUGGUUAGCCUGGAAGUGGGGAUGCCCAUGCGCCAGGCCGUCCCCCACAUCGCCGCCGCCGCCGACAUCUUCGAAUUUUACGCGGGCCUGGCCGGCAAGAUUUACGGAGAGUCCUUUACCCUGCCCAAUGGCUCCCUUAUCAACCUGAUCAAGGAACCGGUGGCCCCGGCCCUGGCCGCCGGCUGCACCAUUGUGCUGAAGCCGGCCAGCUACACCCCUGCCGCCGCCUACGAACUGGUGAAGCUAAUGCACCAGACCGACAUUCCCGCCGGUGUACUGAACCUGGUGCCGGGCCCGGGCACCGUGGUUGGCUCGGAGCUGGUAACCAGCCGGGACAUCGACAAGCUCUCCUUUACGGGCGAAACGGGCACCGGCAAGAUGAUCGCCGCCCAGGCCGCCAUCGAAGUCAAACGCAUCAGCCUGGAACUGGGCGGCAAGGCUCCCUACCUGAUUUUUGACGAUGCCGACGUGGAGGGUGCCUCGCGAGCCGCGGUAUUCGGGAUGUUCCGCAACGCCGGCCAGGCCUGCGGCGCAACCACCCGCCUGCUGCUCCAGGAAGGCAUCCACGACCAGGUGCUGGAGCGGGUAACCCAGUUGACCCGCAACAUCGAGGUGGGCAAUCCCGCCGCCAACAGCACUGACCAGGGGCCCCUGAUUUCCGCCUCGCAGGAACGAGUGGUGCAGGAGUACAUCCAGUUCGGGCUGGACGCCGGAUUUGACCUGGUAACCGGUGGCAGCAAGCUACAGGGCGAGGGCUAUGACCACGGCUAUUACGUGGAACCCACUAUUUUCGACGGGGUGGACAACGCCUCCCGCCUGGGCCAGGAGGAGAUUUUUGGGCCGGUGGUGGCAGUAACCACCUUUAGCGAUGAGGCGGAAGCGGUGGCACUGGCCAACGCUGUGGACUUUGGCCUGGUGGCCGGGGUCUGGAGCGCGGACUAUCCCAGGGCUAUGCGGGUGGCCCGGGGCAUCCGGGCCGGAACCGUGUGGAUCUGGGACAACUACGCCCAGCCGGUAGAGGGAAUCUGGGGCGGCUACAAGCAGAGCGGCAUGGGCCGUGAACUGGGAUACCACGGGCUGGAGGACUUCCUGGAGGUGAAGCAGAUUUUCACCGACGGCACGGGCCUGACCAGCAAGCCGCCCUACGGGCAGGUGAUUAAGGAGUAG